UAUCAGAGUAAGAUCCCAUUUUAAUAAUCAUAAUCAUACUCAUAAGUAACAAACUCGAUGGGAAAAACUUUUCCUACUGUGUAGGUGUUAAGUUGCCAACAGGCCAUAGUAACUUGCUAAAGAAUUUUUUCAAAUAGAGUUGCGUCUUCUAAAAAUUAGUUUUUUCACAAUUGUGCUUUUCUUAAUUUUAUUAAAGUUAUUUCAAUCAUUGUUUUACGUUUAAAAACAAUUUACAAGACAUUCAAAAAAAAUAUCAAUCCUCGGCUUAAUCAUAAUAAAGCUAUCUAAUUGUAUACAUCUCUCCGUAUCUUCUGGUACACCGUGAUUGACUAUCAUUAUACUUGCUUUUAGAUAAAGCCAGUGAAAACCUUACAGCUGUGAUAAUUUUCAGCUCGUAAAUAAAAAAUAAUAACAAUAAUAGAAGAAUGAAGAUUGCAGUACUGGGUGGAGGUUGUGUAGGUCUCACAACUGCUCUCCAACUACAAGAAAAUUUACGUAACUCUACGCAGAUCGACGUGAUCGCUGAGGAUUUUGGUCAUACAACGAGUCAUGUUGCUGCUGGUAUUUUUCGUGUUAGCUCCACUUUUUCCGGGCCCAGCGAAAAUAUUACAAAAAAAUGGAUAACAGAUUCGUACAAUUAUUAUGAAGCGAUUAGUCGAUCGUCAGAAGGAGCUGAUGCCGGUGUCACCAGUAUCUCUGGAUAUAUGUAUUCAAACAAUUCUCCAAAAUUCGUCAGAAAUGAAUGGAUGGAGAAUCUGGUACCAAUUUACAGACAAGCUACGGAGAGUGAAUUGAAAUUAGUUGGUGGAAGUUGGAAGUACGGAGCUUUCUUAGCAACUCUAUUAACUCAGCCAAAUCAGUAUUUGCCAUGGGCAAGAGCAAAAUUGCAAGAAAACGGAGCUACAUUGAUUGAAAAACCAGUCGAUUCGCUAAAAAAAUUGUUUGAGUACUAUGAUUUAAUUAUCAAUUGUACUGGACUUGGGGCUAGAACUCUUUGUAAUGAUAACAAAAUGAUACCAAUCAAAGGUCACGUUUGGAAGGUUCGAACACCUUGGUUGAAAACAUUCUUUUACGGAGAAUUGGAUACCUAUAUUAUCCCUGGUGCCGACGGUAUCACAACUUUAGGAGGGAAUCGAGAAUUUGAAUGCGAUGAUCUUCGCAUAUGUCCUUAUCAAAUGGCAGCAAUACGGGAACGUUGUGAAAAAUUAAUCCCAUCGCUAAAGAAAGCCAAAGUUGUAGGUCAGAAAACUGGCCUACGACCAUAUAGAGAAGGUGGUGUUAGAGUUGAAGCUGAACGUGUAUGGCAUGGUCCUUAUAAAGCUAUUGUCGUUCAUAAUUAUGGACACGGAGGAUACGGAAUAUGUAUGGCGCCUGGAACUUCUAAGUACGUUGUUGAACUAGCUAAAGAUGCUCACAAGUCGACAGCGAAACUAUGAUUAUUUUUUUUGAAAAUAACUUAGGUAUGAGUGUUAUAUCAGUAAAGUAUUAAAUUUAUGGUGGUCUCUUUCUUGAAAAUUAAAAAAAAAUAAAGAUAUUGU